AUGAGUGUGGCAAAAUCUUUCUGCACAAUCUUUAGCAAGAAUUCAUACCGUGUAAUUCAUCAGAGAAUUCAUACUGGAGAGGAACCUUACAAAUGUAAUGUGUGUGGGAAGGUCUUUAGUAGAAAGAAAGACCUUAGAGUUCAUAACAGAAUUCAUACCGGAGAGAAACCUUACAAAUGUAAUGAGUGUGGAAAAGCCUUUUAUUAUGUCUCACUCCUCAAAAAACAUCAGAUAAUCCAUACAGGGACAAAACCAUAUAAAUGUGAUGUAUGUGGGAAAGUCUUUGGUCAAAGUUCAUAUCUUUCAGUUCAUCAGACAAUUCAUACUGGAGAGAGACCUUAUAAAUGUAACGAGUGUGGGAAAACCUUUUGUUAUGCCUCAUUCCUCAUGAGACAUCAGAGAACCCACACAGGAGCAAGGCCAUAUCAAUGUGAUGUAUGUGAGAAAGUCUUUAGUCAAAAUUCACAUCUUUUAGGUCAUCAGACCAUUCAUACUGGAGAGAAACCUUAUAAUGGUAAUGAGUGUGGCAAGGUGUUUAGUCGAAAACAUUGUUUUGCUUCAUCAGAAAAUUCAUACCAGAGAGAAACCUUUGAAAAAUAA